AUGGAUGUGAUAAACAUCCUCACGAAAGGGCACAACAUUAUGGCCCAGAAAGUAUCAAUCAAUCGUGAAUCCAAUAAAAUUCAAUCAACGAAAAGCAAAAGACGAAGAAAAUGUCACGGCACAUUGAAAUCUCAUUCGCCAUCGAUGCAGCAAACGGUUGUAGAAGAGCAGUCAAGAAACAUUGACAAAUGUUCAUCCACUGAUGAUCUUGAAAUGCUCGAAGCCAAUAAAUUCAAUAAAUUGCAAAAGCAUCGAUGGAAGCUUAAUGAAAAUGUGGAUAUAUCCAGGUCAUCUAGGUGCCUAAUGGCAAAUAACGAUAAUAGUUCUCAACAAUGCUGCCGAAAAUCUAAAAUUCAUCAACAAAUAUGCAGUUGUCGUCAUGAGACACGUGCAAUGACACUUUCAUCAUCAUUUGCCAGCAAUUAUCGAAUGCUCAACAUCACUAAUAUGAUGACUGCGAGCAGUGUCAAAAAACUGUUGCCAAUUUUUAUACUCGUUAAUAUGCUUCCAUUUUUGUAUGCAGAUGAUGAUGAUGAUGAUGAUGAUGGUGGAAGAAUCUACAUUAAAUAUAUUUUUGUUCUUUUAUCUGUUACUUCAUUUGCUUUUGUUGCUUAUGUAUAUUAA